GUGGGGGCCGCCAUGGUGUGCGACAAGUGUGAGAAGAAACUCGGUACCGUAAUCACUCCCGAUACGUGGAAAGAUGGUGCAAGAAACACUACAGAAAGCGGUGGCCGCAAGUUAAAUGAAAACAAGGCUUUGACCUCAAAGAAGGCAAGGUUUGAUCCGUAUGGAAAGAACAAAUUUGCAAUAUGUCGGAUUUGUAAGAGUUCUGUCCAUCAGCCAGGGUCUCACUAUUGUCAAGGAUGUGCCUAUAAAAAAGGCAUCUGCUCAAUGUGUGGCAAGAAGGUCUUGGAUACGAAGAACUACAAGCAAACUUCUGUCUAAUACAAUUGACUAGUCUUUUUAUGAACUUUUAUGUCUUUAACUUCUGUACAGCAACUUUAAAAUAGUUUGUGAAUGUUAGUUUUGGAAAGAAAACACAUUUACUUGGAAUGAGAUGAGAGGUGGAGGCAGCCUGAUUGUUUGCCUAGAAAUGUACAUAAUAUUUGAUUUUUAUUGUUAUAGCAGUGAUGUUAACUGAUAUUUAAAGGUAGUGGUUUGCAGCAACUGAUACAGUUCAAAGUGAAUGAGAAGAUCCUACAGGAAAGGUUGAAACUGUAUUACCAUCAUCACACAGAUCUUUGAGAUUAACACUAUUAUUCUUUUGCUGUAUCUGGAGUCUUAUGCUUGUCUGAUUAUACAUCUAUAAAAUGUUAUUAAAUAGGAGCUUGUAUCACCUCAUUGAAGUAGUAUCUUCAUUUAGUUCUAUGCUUAGAGUUAUUUAUAAUGACUUUCACCCCAAACUAUUAUGUCUUCCCCUCUAAGUAUGGUGUUCUUCAGAUUUUAAUCAUCAGUUUUUAAUUCAUCAGUUGUCCUGAUGAGUUUGUUUCUGCCUCUAAUAGAGUUGGUUAAAUAAAAAAACUGUUAAACUACUGAAAUCUAGUGUGUUACUCUGCCAGUUCUUACUUUGGCAGUAAGACUGAU